CAUGAGCAGCACCCUCCAACUGCAAUGCCUCUAUUUGCUGGAACAAUGCAAGUCCGUGCUCCAUCUCAAGCAAGCCCACGCCUUUGCCUCCAAGACCGGCGCCGACUCCGGCAUCCUAUUCACCGGAAAAUUCCUGCUACUUGCAGCUGUCACCCUCUCUGAUGGUCUCGAAUAUGCUCUCCACUUCCUUGCCCAAUUCCCUAUCCCUGACACUUUCAUGUUCAACACCGUGAUCCGUGGUCUCGCCGAGUCGCCUCAACCGUACCACUCCUUCAUCACGUAUGCCGACAUGAUGCGGCACUCACUAGCCCCAGACAGCUUCUCCUUCGCCUUUCUCCUUAAGGCUGCCGCGAACUCCAGGUCUCUAUUCGCCGGCACUCAGCUCCAUUCCCACUCCAUUCAUUACGGCCUCGAUGCCCAUCUCUAUGUGGCAACAACGAUGGUCAGUUUGUACGCGGAAUGCGGCUGCAUCGUUUCUGCAGAGAAGGUGUUCGGCGAACUGUCUCAUCCAAACGCUGUGGCGUGGAAUGCUAUGGCGACGGCAUAUUUCCGCUCGGGAGAUGUAGCUGGCGCAGGUCGAGUGUUUGAACAAAUGCCUGUGAGGAAUCUCACUUCUUGGAAUCUUAUGCUUGCAGGGUAUAUGAAAGUUGGCGAGCUUGGGGAGGCUCGAAUGUUGUUUGGGGAGAUGGAUCGGAAGGAUCAGGUUUCUUGGAGCACCAUGAUUGUGGGCUUUGCUAGUCAUGGCUAUUUUCAGGAAGCUUUUGGCCUUUUUAGGGACUUAAUGAGGGAUGGGAUAAUGCCGAAUGAGGUGAGUUUGACCGGUGUCCUAUCGGCGUGCGCACAGACAGGGGCAUUUGAAUCUGGGAAGAUUCUUCACGGGCUUAUUGAGAAGACAGGGAUGAAUUUCAUCAUGGCCGUGUCAAAUGCACUUCUUGACAUGUAUGCGAGGUGUGGGAAGAUCGAUAUGUCAAAGCAGGUCUUCUAUUGUGAGAUGGAGCAGAAGAACGUUGUUUCCUGGACAUCGAUGAUUGCUGCAUUGGCAAUGCAGGGUCACGGAGAAGAAGCAGUUGAACUCUUUCAUAAAAUGACUAAGUCGAGAAUUAAACCUGAUUGGAUAACCUUUGUCGCAGUCCUCUAUGCCUGCAGCCACUCCGGUUUGGUUGAGCAAGGUUUUGAGCUUUUUCAAAGAAUGGGUGAUGAAUAUGGUGUCUUGCCAUCAGUAGAGCACUACGGUUGCAUUGUUGAUCUCUAUGGCAGAGCAGGUAUGUUAGAGAAGGCUUAUGAGUUUGCAAAACAUAUGCCAAUAAAACCAAAUUCUAUCAUUUGGAGAACCCUGCUUGGGGCUUGCAGCAUCCAUGGCAACGUCAGGUUAGCAGAGGAUGUAAAAAUGAGACUUGAAGAGCUUGAACCAAAUGAUUCUAGCGACUAUGUUUUGCUUUCGAAUGUUUAUGCCAAGGCUGCUAAAUGGAAUGAUGUUAUUGAUGUUAGAAAGUCUAUGAGCGAGAAAAGCAUGGGGAAAGAUCCUGGAUGGAGUGCAGUUGAGGUGAAUAAGGUCAUUUAUAGCUUUGUUGCUAGCGAUGUGCGGAGCAAUGUGUGUCAAGAGGCUUUGAUGAAGCUCGAAGAGAUUAUGUCUAGGGUUCGGAUGGAGGGGUAUUUACCGCAGGUUGCAAAUGUCUUACAUGACAUUGAAGAGGAGGAGAAGGAAAAUGCGAUUGUGAGGCACAGCGAGAAGCUUGCAGUGGCAUUUGGAAUAGCAAGAAUGGGUGAAGAGGAGGUCAUAAGAAUAGUGAAAAAUUUAAGAGUUUGCAGGGAUUGCCAUGAUGUGAUGAAGUUGAUUUCAAAGGCUUUCAAGAGAGAAAUAUUGUUGAGGGAUCGCAAUCGAUUCCAUUGUUUUAGAGAGGGAUUAUGCUCAUGUAGGGACUUUUGGUGACUAAAGAUUUUUGAAUGAAGUAAAAACCAUUAAGGCAUCUUCAUGAAACAUGGAUGAAGAUUCGACGCACAAGAAGAAAAGCAAAGUAGGUGGUGGAGAAUGUGAAAACGGUAGCGGUGGUGUUGUGCAAAUGGGUGUUGCAGCUUGCAGUUGAUGGAUGUGGGUUAGAAGGUGCUUGCGAACUGCACCAGAUUACUUAAAAAUGCAAUCCAUAGUUGCGUUCACACAAAAUAGAAGUGCAUCUCGGGAGAGCAAUUAGGCAGCUGUCAAAUCAGAUUUGAUGCUUCCAAAUCACUCGAAUGGGUAUAGUGACAAGAAGUGCAGCAGUAUCCUCUCGCUCUGAUAAUUGAAGGAAAGGGUCUGUUCGUCGUCCAGUUCCCCCACCAGGCUGUCCAACAUGCUUUGUCGGUAGAUUCAGAGGUUCGACGACAAAUCAAUGGCAGGCCGGUAGCUUGGAUGCAAAGAUCUAGAUAGCAGGCAUAGUAGCGGCUCGAGGAGGAUGGGUGGUGAGCUUUGUUCCAGCAGCAGAGGUUCCGUUGGUAGUCUGGCUUGGUUUGGCGAAACAAUUGGCCUAGCGACAAUAAAUGUGGUUUGGCGCGGUCAGGCAGAAGCUUCGCGUGGAACAGGAAAAAAAAAAACUUUUUAAAAAGAGGAAAGAGGAAAAUGUUUUUUAGGGAAUUUCUGUUUUGUGUUAAGACAU